UAUUCCACUUGGUAGAUUUAAUUAAAAGCAUUCUUUCCACGAAGCGCAUGCUAACUGAGGUGCUCCAAUUGGCCCCGGACUUACGUAGUAUUAUUAUGGUCGUGUUUAUUAAUAAACGCCAAUCGAUAGGUUGUAGCUUCAAUUACAUACCCACAAGUGCCAAUCAAAUAAGUUCUUCCAUCUAAUUUAUAAGUAUUUUACAUGUUACUGAGAUUACAUUAUUUGCCGUUAAGUAAUUAGUUAAGUGCGUUUCAACAACACCAUUCAAUUAUUAUUUUUGAUUUCACAUAAGAAUUGUGCAUUUUAUUAGACUACGGUUCAUUUUGUCAUUCAAAUAAACGAAGCAUACAUUGAAAUAUUUAAACUAACUCGUUUCACUACAUAAAUAAUCUCUCGUUUUGAACAAAAAUUUCGAUCUGAGAUGGAGCAAAUAAAUGUAGAUAUAUGGAUAAGUAUACUAAAGUACCUGCCGAUGUGCGAUCAGUAAUCGCUGGUCCAAGUCAACGAGAAUAUAUGCUCCUACAUGAAGUAUCAAUGGGGUCACCUCAAAACAGUGACCCUGUACCGCAGGGAUCUGGAAUUUCUGGACCGGAAUAGGAGUUAGUGUUGGAGUUCCCGAUUUGUGGAAAUCGAAUUCAGUCGAGAAUCGUAGUAGUUAACUAAAACAAUCUAAAAUUACAUUUCUACCUCAAUAGAAGUAGGCGUAGAUAGGCUGUAUCCAUUUAACUGGUGAAGGAGAUUCAAAUUAUACAUUCUGACUAAAGUAUCAUACCCCUUGCCAGGGAAUCGAGUCAAACAGCUGAACAAAACAGAUAGCAUUAUAUUUACUUGUAUUUAAUUUGCAUUGUAUUUAAUUUUGAUCAGACCUAAAAUAAAAGUUGUAAACUGCAAACGUACUGAUUUCGAUUUUUAGAAAUUAAAAGCUCCAUAGGUCACAACAAAAUAUUGGCUGUUAAGAUUUUAAAAGAACAAUGUCUAAGAAUGAUAAGUGUUUAUCUUUAUUGGAGCAAGAGCACCAACCUUUGUUUACCUGCAAAAGCUAAAUGGAUGGCAAACAUUUUGCCUCAAUGCAGUUGUGCUUCAAAACUUCUGAGGUGCGGAUACCAUUGGCAAUGGAUCGGACAUAUGUGGAUGAAAUUAAACAGAAAAUGCGGUGGCUUCUGAAUUGCGGACAGAGUGAUACCGACGAACUAAAGUAUAAAUUGUUCGAGGUUCAAAAGGAGCUCGACGAAGCUAAUGACUUUAUCGCCGAAAUACAAUUCGAAUUGGAGAGUGUUGAUAUACUGGCCCUCCAGAAUCAGUGGCUACGCGAUGAAUUGUUGAAGCAAAAGGCCGAGGAGGUGGGCGUGAUUCAUAGGGACUUGGAUGAGGAUCCAGCCACUCGAAUGGAGCGUCGCAGCCAUCGACAGCAAGUUUCAGUCGGAAUGGUGUCCACUCAGCUCGAAUGCCCACUCCAGGAGCAGCGAUACGGACGCAAACUGGAUUAAACUAAUGGCUGAUUACUUGGCUCUCUAUUGAUGGUUGAUUACUCGAAAUCAGUAUUUAUUUAUCGAAAAUGAUAUUGUAUGCCAUUAGCCGCUUCCGACUACAUACAAACCACUUAAAACACAAGGCUUAUCUUCUUUGUCACACUUCAUAAAAAUAUAUUUCUGAAUCACAGAA